UUUUGUUUUGACUGCGAGGAACCUGUUUGUUUUGAUGGAGGGGGCGAGGCUGGCGAGCAGUGAGGGCUGCUGGCAUGCCAUGGAGACCUACCACUGCCAGGUAACAUUGUAAUGUUUUGGUCCCAUGACGGGGAGUUGUUCUUGCUGUACGUGGAUACAGAUACUGAUUAGAUGCGAGGAAAACCAGGUUGGUGUCGUCAUGACUCCGGACAUUUACCACGAGAAACAGAUUAAGGAGCUAUGUGCUCUUCAUUCACUCAACAACCUCUUCCAAGAUAGUGGGGCAUUUGCAAAGAGUGAAUUGGACAGCAUUUGUUAUGCUCUGUCUCCCGACAACUGGUUUAAUCCACACAAAUCCCUGCUUGGCACUGGCAAUUAUGACAUCAAUGUAAUAAUGGCAGCUCUUGUUACAAAGGGCUGUGGUGUAGUUUGGUUUGAUAAGAGAAAAGACCCUCAAGUCAUUGUACUGGAUAAAGUAGUUGGAUUCAUCCUAAAUGUACCAUCCGAGUAUCGCCUUGGACCUGUGCAGCUUCCAUUACGACGCAAACACUGGAUUGCUAUCCGCAAUAUAAGAGGCAUAUACUAUAACUUGGAUUCAAAAUUAGAAACGCCAGAAAUAAUUGGGAAAGAGCAAGAAUUAAUCAAUUACCUACGAGAAGAAUUAAGAAACAAAGACAAAGAGUUGUUUGUGGUAGUGACAAUGGAGGUGGAGCAGACACGGGGCUGGUGCAUCACCAACACCCAUAGCUCAAGUACAAAUAAUAUUGGUGCAAAGAACCUGGGGGCAAAGGGUAGUACAAAUUCUUUAGUCAGUGGUGAGGAGUUGCAACCUAUGGAAGCUUUUAAUCCGCCCGGAUUUUCUUACAUAGAUCAAGAGCCUUUGGGGACUGAUAAUUGGCAUGGGGAAGGAAUUUUGAAGACAAAAAGUCAAGAAAUGCUAUAAUGAAAAUUGUAUUCUCUUGAAUUUGUGAUUUUCAAAAAGAAAUUGGAGACAUGGUAUUAACCUGAACCAGGUUAUGGAUGGAGUCUUGCAUGUUAUUGGAGAGGAGUUUCUACCUCACUGCCAUAGAAUAGUCAAUUACAAAUAAAAAUCAUAAUUAUUUAUUAUCUAUUUUAUGCAUAUGUGCAUAUCUCACUUGUGUCCAUGACAUACUCAUGUGUAUCUUGUGCAUUGUAUACUUGAAUGUAUGCUCAUUAACACAAAAGAAAGAUGUACUUUUAAACAGUGAUAAGGUAACCACACAAAUAAAUUAAAUGUUUUAGUAUACAAUAAAAAAUACAUAUAUUAACACAGUAGUCAGAUUUUUAAAAUUUACAAAUAAAAAAUAUACACAAGAUUAACAUUCCUAUGAAAUAUAUUGCAGUUGCUUUUAUAUUAAUACAGUAUUUAGGAUUAGCUUGUUUCAGAUUUUAUUAAGAGAAUAAGUGACAUGUAAAUGGAGUAAUAUUGUAGUAAUGGGUUAAGACUUCAACUGGGACACUAACACACUUUCCCUCCUCUUGUAUAUCUGUUGUAUCAACAGCUGGCUACUGUGAUAGUGUUGGUUCUAGCCAGGCAUGCAUUAUUCACACAAAUGUACAAGCCAUGAGCCUCAAAAAAUGUAUAUGUGAAGAUAGCUACAAUAACUGCAUUACUUGUUGAUAGUUUCUUUUUCAUAUCCACUUUGAAUAUUAAAUAUUGUACUUUAAAUAGGCCUUAAGUCAGAGUUUUUAAAUAUUGUAGUUUGUGUAAAUAUUUACAUAAAGUUUAUAAUUAUUAUAAGCAGCUGAUUUUAACAUGACAAACAUGUGUCUUUGCAGUGGGCUGAAACUGUCUUGAGAAAAGUAUUAAUAUAGUGUUUAUAAAUUAAUAUUAAUAUUUUUAUGGAAUGUUGUACUGAUGCCCUUAAAGUGAAAGAUGUAAUUUCAUGAAUAGAUUAUUCUCAAAUUUUA